AUGGAGCGCGCUGCGGUGGUCCAGUUGGUCGACUUUGAAGCUGAGGAUGACGAAAUUGAAGCUGGUGGGGAGUCGGUUUUGAGGCUUCCUGGCAGUCAUCAGGCGGAUUUGGAGUCUGUUCGACGUUUUUCCUUCGAUCAACCGCCUUGGAUCGCGCCUUGGAUCGAGUCAACUUCCGCGACUACGAUAUCUUCAAGUUUGUCGUCUGAAACCAUCCUGGAGGCAGGCGGCUUGAACGUUGACAUUCACUGGUGCCGAGAGGGACGCAAUUGA